AUGGAUUUACUACAUGUACUGCAGACUAACAUUUUGUCCAUAAUAAUGGCUAUAGUGGUUAUUAUUUUACUUUGGAAGUACAUGGGGAAACAGAGCAGCUAUGGACGUUUGCCUCCGGGUCCUUCACCAAUUCCUCUGCUUGGUAACUUGUUACAAAUGGAUCUGAAACGACCGGACAUGUCCUACAUGAAGUUCAGUAAGACAUAUGGCUCAGUGUUUACUGUAUGGCUGGGCUCCAAACCUGUAGUGGUGAUCUCUGGCUAUCAGGCUAUCAAGGAUGCUUUUGUCAACCAAGGAGAAGAUUUCAAUGGAAGAGCCAACUCUGCCAUUACCCUGAAACUUGUUAACGAACACGGGGUGGGAUUGAGUAAUGGGCAGAGAUGGAAAACUCUUCGCAGUUUCUCCUUGAUGUCCCUGAAAAACCUUGGAAAAGGAUGCAGGAGCCUCGAGGAGAGGGUCCAAGAGGAAGCUAAGAGUCUAGUGAAAACCUUCAGUGAACAUGGAGAUUCCACUGUCGACCCCAAAGAACUCCUGUUCCAUUCUAUCAUCAACCUAUUCUGGUCCAUAGUCUUUGGGCGCAGGUUUGAAUACAACGACCCAGAGUUUCAGAUCCUCUACAAGCCUGUCUAUACAUACUUCGACAUGCUAAAAAGCAAAGUGGCAAUGCUGUACAACAUUUUCCCCAGAAUUGUUGAGUGCUUUCCAGGAAAACACCAUGAGCUGGGUAAGGCCAUAGACAAGGCCAAAGCUUACAUACGAGAGGAAGCAGAUCGUCGCCUUAAAAACCUGGACACCUUUAACCCUCAGGACUACUUCGACGUCUUCCUGGUUAAAAUGCUGGAGGAGAAGGGUCACCCCGAGACCGAGUUCAACUAUGAGAACUUGUUUCCGUGUGUGUGGGAUCUGUUUGCUGCCGGCACGGAGACCCAGUCCUCCACCCUAUCACACGCCUGUCUGAUGAUGAUCAAGUACCCUGACAUCCAAGAGAAAGUUCAGAAGGAGAUAGACGAGGUGAUUGGCUCAAACAGAGUCCCCACAGUUGACGACAGACAUAAGAUGCCCUACACGGACGCUGUAAUCCACGAAAUCCAGAGAAGUAUGAGUCUUGCUCCCAUUUCUUUCCCUCACCAAAUGACCCGAGACACAACGUUCCACAACUACCACAUCCCAAAGGGUACCACGGUGUUUCCGCUGUUGUCAUCUGUGCUGUUUGACCCCAAACUGUUCAAGAACCCAGAUGAGUUUGACCCAGAGAACUUCCUGGAUGAAAAUGGAGUCUUUAAGGAAAACAAUGGAUUUCUUGUUUUUGGACUGGGGAAGCGCUACUGCCUGGGAGAUGGAAUGGGGAUUCCCAGGACGGUGCUCUUCCUGUUCUUUACUUCCCUUCUUCAGCGCUUCACCUUCAGGGGCACCAAACCUCCAGAGGAAAUUGACGCCAGUGUAGUAUCCUACUUUCAUGGUCGCCUGGCGCGCCCCUACACCUGCUAUGUCAAACUCAGGACACCAAAUAUUUAA